CAGCGUCCAGACCAUCCAGGUGAAGUCAUGCUCCGUCCUACCUGCGCGCUCCAGCUCCUCGCGCUCCUGCUGCUGCUGCGCACGAGCAGCUCAGCUGUCCACAAUAACGGCACCGAGUCGGUCAGUCCUCAGCCGGUCCCGGACACCUCGGACCAGCCAGCUGAUGAAAACACGAACCAGGCCAGGAACGGCGGGAGACGGGUCGCCGGCGCUGUGCGUAACGAGCCGGACCAGAGCCAGGUGGACUGCAGGGAGCUGAGGUCCACAAAGUACAUCUCUGACGGCCAGUGCAUCAGCGUCAACCCCAUCAAGGAGCUGGUGUGUGCUGGAGAGUGUCUGCCGGCCCACCUGCUGCCCAACUGGAUCGGGGGCGGAGGCUACAGCGGGAGGUACUGGAGCCGCCGCGACGCUCAGGAGUGGCGCUGCGUCAUCGACCGGACCAGGACCCAGCGAAUUCGGCUGCUGUGCAAAGACGGCAGCACGAGGACCUACAAGAUAACCGUGGUGACCUCCUGCAAGUGCAAACGCUACACCAGGCAGCAGAACGACUCAGAGCACAAGCAGACGCCGGCCCACAGCAGCAGCAGACAGAACAAAAACCAGGGCAAGCCUGGACCCCCUCAGGGGACGGUCGGGACGCCGUCUGACAAUUAAAACCCAUCUACAGUUAUCACUAGCAGCCUCCUGCAGCCACUCCUGCCUGCACCAUGAAUCCUAUGGUUGAAUUACAAGUGUGUCAAUAGUAAGCAAAUAUUUAAGGGCCAGGCUAGAAGUAAAUAAGACGAAGAGCAAAGACUGGUCACUAAAUUUAGAUUAUUUUUAAACAGAAAGUUGUUAUAAAGUGAGUCUAUGGCCCAAAACUCAGUUCAGCAUUUAGACGAAUGAAAUGUUUAGAGUGAUAUCAGUUCUGUGUUGGUCUUGAACACUACCGAAGCUUUUCCACCGUGCUCCUACACCAUCUCUUUAAAAAGCCCACAUACUGUGAAAUACAAACAUGUACCUGGUUCUGCCUAAGGAGCAUUCUGUAGACUUGUUUGGCUUGAAUGUCACAAAUGUUCAUUUAUAAAAAACAGUCCUGAACUUCAGCGGACAGUCUGGACAACAUCUCUAGUUCAACACGUGGUAACUGGUUUAUUCAGUAGGUACAUACACAUUAAACAAAGAUGUAUGACGACUGCUGGAGCUGGGACUUCUAUUGAUGAACAACACCAGCUAUCCACUCAAUCAAAACGAGCAACUCUGCUGUGAUGUCAAGACCUCAGAAGCUCAAGAGAUAGUUCCAGCAUAAAAUAAAACAAUAAGAUCUAUUCUAAAAUGCAGCUAAUGGCCAGUUCUAACAAUGGUGUCGUUUAGGAAAUCCCAAAUAUGCUGUUCAGCAAAUAGAACUGUGGCGUUGGCAUUAGUAAUGGUAAGAGUUUCCCUGUCGAGAAAAAUGGAGGAAAGGUAGAUGUUGUUCCAAUUCCAUUCCAAAAGUGGAGAACCACAACAGCAGAACAAACACUGAUUCUCACCAAAAUGUGGCGUAAACUUAAAAAUGUCCCAUCUGCUAAAACCUACUGGUCCUAAACGUGACUGGACACUGGAGUCUGCGUUUUCAGGUGUUAGCUGAGCUCAGGUUAUUUACACAUUAUGGGUCAAAGUGCAGCCGUGAGGCAGGCUCUGAUUGGCUGACCUUU